AUGGCGCUGCACCACCAAAACGGCACCUCGUCAACCUGCCUCGAGCAGCCCAUCGAACUCCAAGACGUAUCGAGCUAUAUCUCCAAACCUCAAGAUGCACAGAUCGCUAGUUCGAGCAGUACAGGCGGCCUGCGACUCUCAGACACAAAAGGUGCUCGGGAAAGCGAUCCGAUAGAGAAUCUGCCGUCGCCAACGACACAAGCGCCAGCCAAAUUGGAACGAUGGAACCAUCCACGAUCGAAUUUGUUCAAGACUAUGGCGGCGUUUUGGAGUUUUGUCGUUAUGGGGAGUAAUGAUGCGGCGUAUGGUGCUUUGAUUCCUUAUUUGCAAGAAUACUACGGUCUGACUUUCGUCGUCAUUUCGCUAGUAUUCUUGUCUCCACUCGUCGGCUACACAGCUUCCGCGUUAUUGAACAACAGCAUUCACCUCAAGUUCGGCCAGAGAGGCGUUGCGGUUAUAGCGCCGACGUGCCAUCUCAUCGCGUACAUCGUUAUUGCGGUGCACCCUCCGUAUCCGGUCCUCGUCAUUAUUUUCAUGUUGGCUGGGUUCGGGAAUGGACUUGCUGAUGCGGCGUGGAAUGCCUGGAUCGGCAACAUGGCGAACCCAAACGAAGUUCUCGGUUUCCUCCACGCCUUCUACGGCGUAGGUGCCGUUCUAUCCCCCUUGAUAGCAACGACUAUGAUCACAAAAGGAAGCAGACUACCCUGGUACACCUUCUACUACGUCAUGAUCGCAAUGGCAGCCAUCGAACUCGCCACCUCAACAACCGCCUUCUGGCGCGAAACCGGCGCCGCCUUCCGCGCAGCCAACCCGCGCACCAGCGGCACGAAAGACAACCGCAUGAAAGAAGCGCUUAUCCGUCUGCCCCACGCACGCGUCACGUGGCUCUGCGCACUCUUUCUACUCGGAUACGUGGGUAUUGAAGUUGCGCUAGGUGGCUGGAUUGUCAAGUUUAUGCUUGAAGUGAGGGAUGGAGAGGAGUUUGCGAGUGGCAUGGUGGCGACGGGGUUUUGGAUGGGGAUUACGGUGGGGAGGAUUGUGCUGGGGUUUGUUACGCCGAGGUUGGGGGAGAAGUUGGCUAUUACUAUCUACCUCCCCCUCACAAUGGCCCUCGAACUCAUCUUCUGGCUUGUCCCCCAAUUCUAUGUCUCGGCCGUCGCCGUAGCUCUUCAGGGCUUCUUCCUCGGUCCCUUGUUCCCGGCUGUAGUCGUCGCAGCUACGAAGCUACUACCGCGCCACUUGCACGUCGGUGCUAUUGGCUUCGCGGCGGCUUUUGGCGGAAGUGGCGCUGCCAUCUUCCCUUUCGCAGUUGGAGCUAUCGCACAAGCCAAGGGUGUACAGGUGCUACAGCCGAUUAUUCUGGCGCUGUUGGGCGUGAUUCUACUGCUUUGGUUGGGUCUACCGAGGAUCCAUAAGAAGGAGGAGUGA